CAAAAGUACAGUUGCUAACUAGAUUCAAAAUUGAAUUUGUGGCUAAUUUCGUAAUUAAACAUUGUUUCUACUGACAUAAAUGAAGCGGAAAGUCUCCGGGGAUGGCACCAGCUACGGUUGUCGAGAAGUUUUCAAUCUCCUUAAUAGAUGUCACUCAACCAACCAGAAAAAUUGCAGGCAAUGGAAUCACCGAGAAGCAUAUGUCACGUUGUGGCCGUACCUUAUCCUGGUAGGGGCCAUGUCAAUCCGAUGAUGAACCUCUGCAAGCUACUUUGCUCUAAAACCCCCAACAUUGUCAUAUCAUUUGUAGUCACCGAAGAGUGGUUGGGUUUCAUCUCUUCCGACGACAAGCCCGUCAACGUCCGAUUUAGGACGAUCCCCAACGUAAUCCCAUCUGAACUUGAUAGAGCUAACAACUUCCCUGCUUUCAUAGCAGCUGUGCUCACCAAGAUGGAAGCUCCAUUUGAGGAUCUCCUUGAUCGGCUUGAACUCCCAGUCGCCGCCAUUGUAGCUGACACGUAUGUGGCUUGGACGGUACGAGUGGGGCAACGAAGGAAUAUUCCGGUGGCUUCCCUUUGGACCAUGUCCGCAUCCGUGUUCUCCAUUUUUCACCAUUUCAACCUCCUCGUGCAAAACCACCAUUUCCCAGCUGAUUUAUCAGAGCAAGGAAAUGACCGUGUGGAUUACAUCCCUGGACUUACUCCCAUAUGUUUAGCUGAUUUGCCAACAAUUUUAUAUGGGAGUGACCGCCAAGUCUUGCACAUUGCUCUGGAUUGUGUUUCAUCAGUGCCUAAAGCACAGUAUCUUCUCUUCACCACUGUCUACGAACUUGAAUUCCAAGUCAUUGAUGUUCUUAAAGCAAACUUACCUUUUCCUGUCUACGCAAUCGGCCCCAGCAUACCUUACCUUGACCUCAAACAACCUUGUUCAACGACUACUCUUAAUGGUCCUGACUACCUCCAAUGGCUGGAUUUGCAGCCUAGAGGUUCAGUAUUGUAUGUAUCAUUGGGAAGUUUUCUAUCAGUUUCAGCUGCCCAAAUGGAUGAAAUCGUUGCUGGGGUGCAGGAUAGUGGUGUUCGCUACUUGUGGGUGUCCCGCGGGGACUCUUCAAGAUUCAAAGACUGCUGUGGCAGUCAGGGAGUCGUGGUUCCUUGGUGUGAUCAGCUGAGGGUGCUAUGCCAUUCUUCUGUUGGAGGGUUUUGGACGCAUUGUGGGUUUAAUUCCACUCUGGAGGCCGUGUAUGCUGGUGUUCCGAUGCUGACUUUUCCUAUAUUUAUGGAUCAAAAUCCAAACAGUAAGCAAAUAGUUGAAGAUUGGAAGGUUGGAUGGAGAGUGAAGAAGAACAAGGUAGGUGAAGGUGAACAUUUGGUGAGCAGAGAAGAAAUUGCAGAGCUAGUGCGCAGGUUUUUGGAUUUUGAGAGCAUGGAGCAGAUGGAAAUGAGACAAAGGGCUUGGAAAGUUGGAGAAACAUGUCAAACAGCAAUUGCAAAAGGCGGAUCCACAGAUAUUAACCUAGAUGCUUUCAUCAAGGACAUCUCCGAAAGACACCAUCAUUAGCUUGUCUUAGUUGUUUACUUAUUUGUAGUUCCAAUUAUGUCAACUGCAUCCGGAUUCAAUUUGUUGCCAAUAAAACAUUGAAUUGAGCAAGCAUGGAAUUGCUCUAUUUUUUCUGGCGUGA